AUGACGGAUCGACCUGGAUCGCAGAGAAGACCAGAUGCAUAUCCCCCGGCACCUGUGCAACCUGACUACCGACCGCAGACACAAAAUCUGCCUCGAUUGCAUGAUAUUCUCACAUCGCAGCCUCCGGCUCCCAGUCCAUCCGCUUACGGCAGCAACUGGGCUCCUACCACUGGCCCGCCGCACCACCCGCAACAGCACCCUAAUGGAGAAGGGUAUCACGGCCAUCACACUGGAUGGCAUCCUCCGCUAGCACAUCCUCCGCACGAUGGUCCUCAGACUUAUCCGUCCCAGCAGGGCCGGCGAUUAGAGCUGCCAAUCCUGGAGACCAGUCCGAUAGCAAGGCGCGAUAGCCAUUCUGUUCCGCUUUCGCCGUAUCCUCCGCAUCAUCAUCAUGAAGGGGCGCGGGAAUACAAUGAGAUGCGUCGUGAGAGGCCACGGCAAGCAUCGACCAGCUCCUAUCACCCGAACGGCGUCCUUACCCCCUAUACACCUGCCGGGCCGGACGGAUCGCACUACAGGAGCCCGGCCACCAGCCUAGACCGGCCUUCAAGCAAUGCGCUCGCGCCUGCUGGGCCAGAAUCGUCCAAGAAAUAUCUUGGCGUCAGAGAUGUGGCCGGCGAGGGUCCGUGUCAUAUGUACGAGGGCGGCUUUCGCAUUCCCACUCACGUAGAUGGCGAGGCGGUCAAUCCUGCGUGGGGAUUGACCAAGGCGAACAAGCCACGAAAGCGCCUUGCAAUGGCAUGUCUGGACUGUAGGGAAAAGAAGAUCAAGUGUGAACCGGGACUUGCAAGUUGCCUGCAGUGUGAGAAGGCGAAGAGGCCAUGCCGAAAGUAGGUCGAAAUUCGUUUGAUACCAUUCCUGAUCCGCACUGACCAUUGCCUAGGGCUCCUACCCAUCAAUCCACCUCGGAACCAAAUACGACACCGGUUUGGCAAGGCCAUCCGGAUUCUCCGAGCCGGCAAGGAUACCACGAGACGACCCCACCGAGCGCCCGCGAGACAGAGUCAGCAGAUGUAUCGUCUAAGCGCCGUACUUUGGAGGAGCCCUCUCCUUCCGGAUUACCCACGAAAAGGCACCGAUCAGCAUCCCCUGUGGGAGCCCAGAGCGGCGUUGGAGCAAUGCACGUGAACGGCACUCAUCAAGUCUCACCGAUCAUGCCAAGAUCACCAGGCAAGGUGCUGGCUUGGGAGGAGGAUCCGUUUGCUCUGGAGCCGGAAAUGACGAUGCACCUGUUGGAUCUCUUUUUUGCAUACGUCAACAAUGCGACAUAUGGAAUCUUCCCUCGGCAUCAUUUCAUGCGAUGGGUGACGAGCUACGCGGAAAAAUGCCAAAACGAGCGCACGGUUCUGUAUGCUCUCAUGGCAGUCGGCUCCAUCUUUGCCGACGAUCGCUACUCAGGCGUGGGAAAGCACUGCGCCCAAGUCGCGAAUGAAGCUCUCUUGUCCAAGAUAGGCCGCUUCAGUAUGUCGCUGGCGCAGACCCGUCUGCUUCUGGGCCUGUACCACUUCGCAAAGGGUGCAAACAAUGUGGCCUGUGACUACGUCAGUUCAGGCAUCAAUGUGGCAGUAUACCUCCGCCUUCACACUGAACGAGGAUGCUUUGAAGAAGAGACGGCAGUGGAGAAGUCGCGGAAUGAAUUCGCAUUCACGAAAGAACAGCUCGUGGAGUGCAAGCGGCGCACCAUGUGGACCUGUUUCCUAAUGGACCACUACUGCGGCGCAACGCACAAUCUGAUGAACUCGCAAGACAUCUUCAUCCGACUCCCGUGUACGGAAGAUACCUUUGAGUGCGGUCUGGCAUCCAAUGCUCCUCAAUUCGACAACGGUAUCACGGACCCCGCCACCACGAUUCUCACGCCCUCGAGCGCGGUCUCGCCGAUGGCCUGGUUGGUUCUGAUUGCAGCCAUUUGGGGCAAUGUCUAUAGCUUCACACAUCGCGCAACCCACCGAUCGGCCAGCACCUACGAGUCCGAAUACGAGAAGUUCUACGAGGAGACUCGGGCCAACCUCGAGAAUUGGGCCGCUCGCCUGCCCGAGGCGCUCCAACUGACCAAGACUAACGUGGAAGGGAGUGUUCAGAGAGGCUACGGCGGUCCCUUUAUCUCAAUGCACGUUCUCUACCAUCUCGCGUGGCUCAAGAUGAAUCGUUUCGCAAGACACGAGCAUAUCCCGAAGUCGAUUGCGCGCAACGUACGGACGGCGCACCGGCACGCCCACGAACUACUCCAAGUGAUGAGCUUGUUCCGCGCCGCCAAAUGGGAGAUUAUGGACAAGGAAGGCCACCAGGCCAGCUUUCUGUUCACGAUGCCGUUUGCAGGCUAUGCAAUCCUGGCGGCCAUCGAUGUCAUCGGAGCGGGCGGCCUGGACUCCAACUUGACAGCUACCCUGGACCUCAUCAGCUGCGGCUUGGACUGUCUGCGUGAGCUCGGUCGAUACUGGGACAGCGCGCGAGAUCAGGAGAAGGCGUGCGAGAAACGGUACUACCAGAUCCACAACGUGUUGAAGCACCCCUUCACGGCACGGAGCGGCUGCUGGCUGGGGCGAGAAUGGGGGGUGCACUCGUCGCUGGAGCGGGAAUUUGCACUGGAAGACGAUUGUAUCUACGGCGUAUCGGAUCGGGACUACUUUGAUGCUUUGAAAGACGACACCGUGAACGGAAGGGCUCCCAACGGCAACGGCUUGCGCGGCAUUGUUUGA